UUUGGAGAUCUGGGUUGCACAGGCAUUAGAUAUUCAUUACAAAUCGACAGCUACUUGUUUGGAGACGCUUUUUAGCCAAAGCAACUCCAAAUGUCUCCUUGAAUAAGUCUGGGUCAAGGGCAAAAUGGAGAUAGUUUAUCAUUCAACCCUUGUGGGAUUUAAAUCUCCAUCAUUUUGGUUACUACCACAGAUAUUUAACCACUAGGUUUCAUCUGCAGCGUAGCGGAGCAGCGCGCAACGGGACACCGGCGUUUCCAUUUACGCACGUCGUUCGCCCGCGUUUUAACGCGUUGGACUCCUGUUAUUGUUGACGAAUCUUGCAAUGGGACACCUGAGCAACGCAUCGCACCCGGUCAACUCCACCGACCCGUUCGGACGCGACGAAGAAGUCGCGAAAAUCGAGAUCGCGGUCCUCAGCGUCACCUUCGCGGUCGCCGUGAUCGGGAACUGCAGCGUCCUGGUGGCCAUCCACAACACCAAGAAGAAAACCUCCCGCAUGCAUCUGUUCAUCAAACACCUGAGCCUGGCAGACCUAGUGGUCGCGUUUUUCCAAGUCCUUCCACAGCUGUGCUGGAAAAUAACCUUCCGUUUCUACGGACCGGACUUUCUGUGCAGGAUCGUCAAGCACCUGCAGGUGAUGGGCAUGUUCGCGUCCACUUACAUGAUGGUUAUGAUGACUCUAGAUCGCUAUAUCGCCAUCUGCCACCCUCUCAAGACCCUCCAGCAGUCCACCCGGAGGUCCCACAUCAUGAUCGCAGGCACGUGGGUCAGCAGUUUGCUCCUCAGCACCCCUCAGUACUUCAUCUUCUCCCUCAGUGAGAUUCAGAACGGCUCUGAGGUUUACGACUGCUGGGGUCACUUCAUCCAGCCCUGGGGACUCCGCGCCUACAUCACCUGGAUCACAGCGGGGAUUUUCCUCAUCCCGGUGAUCAUAUUAAUGACCAGCUACGGAUUCAUAUGCCACAGCAUCAGGAUGAACAUCAGAUACAAGACCAAGAAGACGCCGGCGGAUGGCGCGCACAAGAACGGGCUGAUCGGGAAGAACUCUGUGAGCAGCGUCACCACGAUCUCCAGAGCGAAGUUACGCACCGUCAAGAUGACUUUCGUCAUUGUUCUCGCGUAUAUCAUCUGCUGGGCGCCGUUUUUCACCGUGCAGAUGUGGUCGGUGUGGGACAAGAACUUCAGCUGGGAUGAUUCGGAGAACACGGCCGUCACUCUGUCUGCGCUGCUGGCCAGUCUGAACAGCUGCUGUAACCCGUGGAUCUACAUGGUUUUCAGCGGACACCUCCUGCAGGAUUUCGUUCACUGCUUCCCCUGCUGCCACAAGAUCCAGCAGAGCUUCCAGAAGGAGGAUUCGGACAGCAGCCUACGGAGAACCACGCUGCUCACCAAGAUCGCCAACCGCAGCCCCACGUGUAGCUCAGGCACCUGGAAAGAGUUCGAUCACUCGCCCAAAACCAGCAGGUCGGCUCCGACCGAGACGUGACGCAGGCGGCCCCUGGGAAUGUGACUUUAUUGAUCCGCACUUUGGUGAGACUCUCACAGCAGGGCUUUAAAACUCCAGGCUUUGGAUGCUGAUUGAGCUCCAGAUGAGAUAAAGCACACUAUUACUGCUCAGGAGAUGCGAUGGAGUUCAUUCUGUUUCGUUUAAGCAUGGACUCGAUUGAGUCACUUGUAAUCAUCCAGUAAGAGUCUGGAGCUGUGAAAUGAAUGCGCAUAGCGGCUUUGAUGAGAAAUGAUUGAGUUCAUAUGGAGAUCUGAGCACAGUUUGAGACAUUGUUGAGAUCUCUUUUGGGACUUUGGAGCUCCUCGCUACUUCAGCUGGAAUCUCCAUUUGAUAGUCUCAUUGCUGUCGGAGAUUCAGUCUUCUUGCUGAAGAACAGAUUUUUAAAUACAAUUAUGUUAAUAAAAGUUAU